UGAAAUUCAGGAUAAGCUAUACGGUAGCGCUCGACGUUUAUUCAAUGAAUUUGGCAACGUUCGACGUCUAUGCAGUGAUGCUUAUUCCACGGAACCUUGUUUUUUUACGUACUUGGCGUCGCGACGCUACCGCGUCGCUUAAUACACACUACGAGAAACUGUUUUAUAUAUACAAUUAGUCUUGCGUAUGAAUCAAUUUUAAUUAUUUAAUCGUUCGAUUUGCAUCAUAGAUUGCAAAUAUAUAUUUUUGCUAAGAAAUUAAAAAAAGCAUCUUCUAUCUAUCUUGUCCAUGUCUAUAGUCUUAUUGCAAUAAUACUAUUCUGAAAUUUGAAAGAUCAGGAAUGUGCACUAUUCAAGAGUUAAAACGAUACUGACUUCGAGAAAGUGGUAAAAUUUAGCGAUAAUCGUACCUGCGCUUGCGCGAACGAAAGAAAUAUAAAGAAAAAAGAUACGCGUGAAGAGUUUGUGCAACAUAAAAAGUAAUUUUCGGAUUAUUAUUGAGAUGGGAAUAAGGGAUAUAAGAGUAAUUGAUCAUAGUUAUGUCUGUAUCACAUUAACCGCCGGCGAAUAUUAACUCAUGUACCUUACACGCAUGAGAGAAUAUUUCUCUAUUUCUCCUCUAUUUUCAAAUAAUUUAAAUUUAAAAGAGUCUUGGAGAUAUUCGAUAUUUGAUUGGAGGUAUUAUCUAAUGGGAGAAGAAAAGAAAAGCUUGGUUCUCGCUUUCAUACGUUGUGCAGCGUUAUUUGAAGAGAAAUGGUAUCAUUCGCGGAUCAGUACUAUAACAUUAACCGGAAACUCUUGACGGUAAUGGGCUUAUGGCCUUAUCAGAAAAGGAGAUCCAGAAUUAUUCAAAGAACUUUGUUCCUUAGUGUACUUAUCUCUUUCCUGAUGGCUCAGCUAGCAACAUUCAGCACAUCAGGAUUCCACAUGAAAAUUCUUUUAAAGGUUUUAUCACAAACGCUCCCUUGUUUGGUGUAUAUCUUGAAAUACCUUUCUUUUGUGGUGAAUAAUAACGAAAUAAAAGAGUGCUAUGAACAGAUUUGCCAUGAAUGGACGCUAUUGAAAGCUCGAAGCGAGAUUAAUAUAUUAAAAAAAUAUGCCAAUUUCUCCAGAUUAUUUGGAGUUUUCAUAACGGUGGGGAUGUUCAUAACUCUUGCCGUUUUUGGUUUCUACCAAUUUCUACCGGAUUUGCUCGAUAUGAUUGCACCACUUAACGAUUCUCGCAAGCACUUUCUUACAUUCGACGCCGAGUAUUUUGUCGAUCAGAAAGCAUAUUUUUAUCCUAUCGUAACGCAUGGCUUGAUAGCUGUUUAUAUCGGAGGCACUGGAAUAGUCGCUACUGGUGGAAUGCUAAUGGGAUACAUACUUCAUAUCUGUGCAAUGUUGAAGAUAGCGAGUUAUCGUCUUGAACAUAUAACCGAUGAUGUACCAUUAGUAUCGAGUGUUGAAAAAGAUCACAUUAUUCGUGAGAGAAUAAUCAGCGCUGUUGAUAUUCAUCGAAGAGCAAUCGAGUUUGCAGAAUUUGUCGUCUCCAGUUUUAUGAUAUUUUAUUUUAUUUUAAUUGGCAUAGGUAUCUUGUCGUUAACUCUCAACAUGUUUCAAUGUCUGCAAUUUAUGCUAUUAACAGACGAUGUAAACGGAAUGUUAGCAUGUGGCCUACUAAUAAUAGGCCACUUAAAUUAUUUAUUCAUAGCUAACAUGGCUGGACAGAUAGUUACAGAUCAUAAUAUCGAUAUUUUUUAUACAACCUAUACAACGCGAUGGUAUACGGUAUCGGCACAGUUGCAAAAACUGUUGCUUUUCAUAAUGCAAAGAAAUACAAAAAAUUACUAUUUUAUUGUCGGUGGCAUUUUCGCCGCUUCUUUAGAGGGUUUUGCCACGAUGAUGAGUACGUCAAUAUCUUAUUUUAUGGUGAUUUACUCCACAAGUUGAUGUACAUGUACAAUUUCAUGUAGAAUGCGACAAACCGCUAAGUAGUCAAUUGUAGAUAUACGCGACAUGACUGAGAGAGCAGGUGCAGAUGCUUCUCGGGUAUGAUGUGUUUCGACAACUUCCACGAAGAAAGAUUAUUUGGUAAAUUAAGAACUUAUAGUUUACGGUAACAUGUGUUAAAUCGCAUUAAUCUGAUCGUAGAAGAAACAUAGAAGAAGAAACAUUAAUCAAAUCGGUGCAACUAAAAAGAACCAAAACUCAUUAUCGAAAUUUCUUUACCGCUUUUUUUAACUCUUACAUUCUCCUUUUCAUGUGCUAUCCAUGUAUUUAUAUAUUAUUGUUAUAUAUCAUUUUUAUGUAUUGUAUCAUCUGUUACAGUAUAUUAUUCAAUAAAUUUCACUUACGCUUGGGAAGAAACUAUUUUACACGUCCUUUAAUGUGUCUUUUUGUCAUUUUUGUAUUUCUGACACAAUCUCACUCAUGAAGAGCACUCACGUAACAAAACAUUCAUAGCGCGAUACUUGACAUUACUGACAACAAUGAGGCCGUUCGACGAGUCAUGUGAAAGUUCACAGCCGCGCUUGCGCUACCGUGAAAAAGGAAGGCGUAUAUUUCUCCCCUUUCUUCCUGGGAAAACCGCAUUGGGCGAGCAGAAUGCUGUUUCAAUAAUUUAACUUCUUGUCACUCCCCCCAAUGAAAAAACCAUGACCGCAUGCGACCGAUUGACUCUUCCCUAAGUCGACAAACUGCCAUAAUAUUUCCCUCAAUUACGCAUUGCCAGUGGCAACAGUUUGCAAAAACAUCGACGAGAGUCUGGAAGCGGUUGAUUUAUUCCAGCAGAAGACAUACGAAACGAUAUCUCGAUAUUAUUUUUUCCAACAUGUCUUUGAAUCGCAGAGAGAGAGAUAGCAUCGGAAAUCAGUACAAAAUAUAUCGUAUACUUCUCUUGUCACUGAGCGUAUGGCCGUUUCAGCAGUCGAAAUACACGAUACUUAUACGUUCUUUCCACUUUGGUAUAAUGAUAUCUUUUACAUUUUUUCAGCUCACAUCAUUCCUUACAAAUGAAUUAGUUCUGGAUGUCGUUAUUAUGAUUCUCUCAUAUGCCUUACCAUCCUGUAUAUGUAUGAUACAGUAUCACUCAUUUUGUUCAAAUUCUUACAUAGUAAGUUGAGUCUCCAUAUCUCAAUAUUGCUUUCCUCUCAUUGUCAGUACUCUUCGAAAAUUAUCUGUAAUAAGCCAAAUACACACACAUGCACACAUAGGUGAAACGAAUAUGGGAAGAUAUCUAUAGCACUUGGAAUUUGAUGAGAAACGAAACAGAACACAAAA